GCCUCCAGCGUCAGCAGUCUGCCUCUGCCUGUCUGUCAGUGUGGUGUAGUUGGGUGUGCGAAUAGCAGUAUCAAAAGUUUUUCCUGUUAUACUCUUUGUUUAAAUGGCUUCCUGUGGGACCCUGUUAUCAAAGACUAAUGACCAAUCUUCCAAGAGUGUCGGUGCGGUGCCCCGACCGUAGAAAGAUUACCAAGUGAAAUCAUAGGCAAAUACGCCUGUCCCUCUUCACGCUAGCGGGGUUGGGUAUGAUGGGAUGGAGGUGUCGCCAGGAAAGGUGGUGGUGGGUGGUAGUGACAAUAAUGGUGGUAGGCUGGUUGUGGAGUAUGUGGUUUGGCUACUCCACCUCAACAACCCACUUUGCACCACUGCCAGCCUCCUGGACCAACACACUUUUAGCCCAAAACCCCACCCAGAAAUUCGGCAGCAACAGCAUCCCGAAGGCUCGUCACAACCCCAGCAGGAAGCUAACCCCCACCACUACAGGUGAAAAUCCUCCAAAUAUGACCCACAUUUCCCAGUCUAACAGUAAGAUACACUUGGACAUUGGGUGGAAGAAUGUAUUAAUGAAGCGUCAGAAGCGGGUGGCUCAAGUUUGCCGCCAGCACUAUAAUACCCUCAAGAGGUUCAAUAUCUUCCAGAGGCUCACCUAUGAUACUCAACACCACCUUGCUUACUGCAGGAAUGCCAAGACAGGUACUACUACCUGGCUAGGACACCUGCUGAAGUGGGCAGGUGUGGAUGUGUCAAACAUGACCACUAAUCAGAUUCAUGAAGCAUCCACUCGUACCUUUCCACCCUUGUCAGCUAAGGAUGCUUCCAAAGAGAUGCAACUCUCACCCCUCACAUUCACUGUGGUCAGGCAUCCCUUCACUAGGUUGGUGUCUGCAUACAGAGAUAAAAUACCAGAAAAUUAUAAAAAGGAUAUUCAGUUAAAUAUGAUUGAAAAAUAUCGGAUACAGAAAGAAAAUACGCUUCCAUCUAAGAGUGAGAGCAUCAGUGAACUAAGUAAUUCUUCAAAUCAAGCAGAAGUGUUUAAAAGUUGGAAAAUGAAUAAUACAAACAUUACAUAUACUGGUAAUAAUUUCCCAAAUUUGAAAUUACACGAGAGGAAAAGUUUUUCUCUUUUGUCAGUAAACAAUUCUACAUCAGACAAUCAAACAUUACCUCCAACCACAUACCCUGAAAACGCAUUAGACCCCAAUGUUCCUACCUUCCGUGAGUUUGUGCUGUUUGUAAUCGAUCAGAUAUCAAGGUGUAUGCUAGAUACUAGCUACAUGUGUCUCGGCAAUAUCGACAUCCACUGGCGACCCAUUUAUGACCGCUGUGCUUUCUGUGAUAUUCACUACAAAGUCAUUGCUAAGAUGGAGACAUUUGAUAAGGAUGAGAGAUACCUGAGCCAGUUGGUAGGGCUUCCUCUACUCCCAAUGGGGCCCACUAAGUUACAUUCUUCGAGAGGUUCUUCUACUAAUUUUUUCACCAAGAAGUACUUUUCAACUUUAAAUAAAAGUGAAAGAAAAAAAGUUUACAAAGCAUUUUAUUAUGAUUUUCUUCUUUUUGAUUAUUCACCCAAUGAUAUUGAUUUAUAAUUAACUUAAUUUUACAGAAGGGUGAAUACAUACAAUACUUAAAAUCUAGCUUGUGGUUUUUACACAACUCUUGUAUAACAUGAGUAAGCAAAAGGCUUUGUUUACAUGUGGCAAACCUCAUCCAUCAGUAUAUGGCAAUGAAAAUGUUCCUUUAAAUGUUCAGUUGCUUUGAAUUUGUCUGCACCUGUAGAGGGUAAUUGUACAGUACAGUACUCUGCAAAUUAUUUGAUAUAGUAUUAUGACGAAGAAAAUGGUCUAAUAUGAAGUUAGAAACAACUAUUCAACUCUUUUGUAAACAAGCCGUGUACUGUACAGUAUACACUUAGUAACUCAGAAUAUGAUAACUUGUAAUUUGAUAUAACUCAGAUUGGCAUUAAAAUAUUCAACUGUAAAUUAUUAUUAUUUUUUUUU